AGUUAUCAGAAAAUGUCGGCUAACAGGAGUGUGAGCCUACGCGAGCGUGUUGCACAAGCUUAUCAUGAUUAUGGACGAUUUUGCUCUGCACAUCCAGCGGCCUGUUUAUCUAUGUCACUCAUCACCAUGGUAGUCUUAUCGUACCCUACAUUUACUAGAUUCCGCCUUCCAACAAACAGUCCCAUUAGUGUUGACUGGACCGACAAGUUGUACGAGGAUUCCGGUGGGAAAUCGUGGGCCCGCGCUAGGAGCACGUUCUUGCAGCAAGUGAUUAUCCGUGGGAGCGUGGAACCAUGGGUGCCGAUGAAUCUGAGUUCUGAGCAGGCAGUUCGCGGACCUCUUUCGAGAGCCUUUCUUGCCCGGAAUAUAAUUUUGGCACAAGAGGAAGUUGAUGCGUUAUGUCUACAAGUUGUGUCUGACAAUGUACGAUUUGGAAGCUUUACACCACAGCGUGGUUGCCUGCUGCUUGAACCCACUGCGUUUUGGGGAUACUCUUACGAGAAAUUUAUGAGUGACAAGGACGUUCUCGCUACAAUUUUCUCACGCGAAUGUUCCUCGGUUGCUUGCCCUCGCGAUUUACUUCUUGGGAUGCCUUUCGGGUUUACUGGUAUCAAAAAGAUUUAUCGUAGCAAUCAAAAACCGACCAUCGACAUCUCCCUCACGCUUUUCCUAGUGCGAUAUGACAAGGAUGCCAGACAAUCUUUGAUCAGUCGUUUUACAUCUCAUCCUGAGUUCAAGAACGUCCCUCUCAUUACUGAGGAAGAAAACAAAUUUGCUCACGUACUUUUCCGUCCACGAAGAACUCUCGUUGAUUAUCUGCCUCUUCUCAGCUCCUAUGCAGUUUUCACUUUCUACCUAUACUUCUCUGCUCGAAAGUUUGAAAUGGUAGCAUCUCGUUGUGGCCUUGCUUUGGCUGCUGCUUUCACCGUAGGAUCUACACUUUUGAUGACUACAGGCGUAUGUGCUCACUUGGAGCUGAGCCCCACUCUCUGGGGUGCUGAAAUCUUUCCUUACAUAGCCCUUAUUUUGGGUCUUGAAAACAUUUUGUGCAUCACAAGAGCAGUGGUCUACACUCCACCUUUUCUCGAUGUGUCUUCUCGCAUUUCCCAUGGUUUAGCGCAGGAAGGCUACUCGCUGUGCAAGUAUUUUGUGAUGGAGCUGACAUUUCUUGGGAUUGGUUAUGCUACCCGAAUUGCAGAAAUCCAAGAGUUUUGCAUGUUCGCUUCUAUAGGACUAGUCAUCGACUUUUACAUGCAGAUGUUCUUUUAUGCGCCUUGCUUGACUUUCGAUUUGCAACGCCUACGAUCUGAAGACAAGCAGCAAUUUGCCCUGAAGCUGUUCAGUUCAGACAUCCCUCAUUUGCACGACUUCGUACCUGUGAGAUGUCCCAUGCGCAAAUACUGGCCUCAGUUCUUCGAGAUGAAACGACUGAAGAAGCGCACGUUGUCGGAAUCACAGUUGGACGAUAGGGAAAUACAAGAAGAUUUUGAGAGGAAAGGUCGAUGCCGAUCGAACUCCGCAUGCAAUUCGGAAUGGAAUUACGACGCAGUAUCAUCUACGGGGCGUAUUUCAAGCAAUCGAUUGAGAGUUCUGUAUUUCGUCACAAGGACAAGAAUAUUCCAGAGGACAAUCAUGGUGAUUUUUGCGUUAUGGACAAUAUGGCUAGCGUUCGUCGUGCACGAACAUGGACAUUUCCCUUUCAACACUUCAAGUGGAUCCGACGAGAUCAGCGCUGGAGGUUCUGCACCACAACAUUGGCAAACAUGGACCGACCUCCAGCAUAGAUCAUGGCUGAAACUCUUCGCAGAGUUUAGCCUGAGCCACUCGAGCGGUGCCAUCACAUUUGUUCCACCUAUCAUUCUGACAACGAAGAUUGAUCCGUCUGAUCCUGCUCUCUACCCACGUCCAUCCUCAGCCAAGGGCUCAUCUCAGAAAGUCUCAUCUUCAUUGGAAAAAGACAACAAUGCGCUCAAAUCACGCAUUUCAUGGUUGGAAAGGCAACUCCACCUUUAUUUAGCAAUAAUGUGGUUGAUACUGCUUUCGAGCGUUAUUGGAUUUGUCCUCUAUGCAUGUUUUUGGGGAAAAUGGCGAACCGAACGACUUCGGAAGAAGGAAGCUUCCUUGGCAUCACCAAGAUCGCUUUCACCGCGUACUAGCGUUUUGGAACCAACGACGGACCGCAAAUCUCCCGUGGAGAAUGAACCCAUAAUAUCUUUCGGGCAUCGCUUUCCCAUUGAAUGUGUCGCCGUUUGCAACAAUUCAUCGAUCGUAUCCUGCUGCCAGGAAGGAAAAGUCUGUCUUUGGAAUGCUGAAACUGGUGAACGAUUGCUGAAGCUGCGCAGAAUUCGGGAUGUUAGCAAUCCAGCCUUGGACACUUCAACGCUGCCGAUGAUUUGGUGCAUUGCUGCCAAACAAUCUAUCACCGUAUGUGGAUGCUCGGAUGGAUCUGUUGAGAUAGCCUGCCUUGAGAGGAAUAAGUUGAUUGGGGUUUAUCUUCAGUCCAGAAUUGGAGUUAUACACGUGCUUAUUGCUGGAUCGCGCAUAGUUCUGGCUCGCUUGGAUGGUUCGAUAGAUUUCUUGGAGUUGUGUUUGACUCCUGAAAGACCCAUUCGCGUGACUUCCAUAACCCGAUUGAACACAAUCCGCGCCCACCAGAAACCUAUCUCAUUUUUAUUGGCGUCAUCUCUAACAGUGGUCUCUGCAAGCUAUGAUCAUACCCUCAAACUGUUCGAUCUUCGAUCGAGCCAACUUCAGUCCAUGCUGCAUGCUCAUAGAGGUCCAGUCAUCUCUGUGUGCGUAGACAACUCUGACAAUACACUGUUCUCUGCCUGUGAAGAAGGUUUUGUAUGUUGGUGGAAUAUGAUGUCGGGAGAAUUGCUGAGAACUAUCAAUACGAAAAGCGUGGGACGUACGUUGCUAGCAUGUACUGUGCAGUUUCUCCUGGGUUAUUCGCCUGAAGGUGAUCUGAUCCUCUGGAACAAGAGAACUGGCGAUGUUGUAAGCCGAAUUGCUCAGCACCUGGCCAAGUUUGAAAGCGCUGUAGCUGCGCGAAAUCUUAUAGCACUGAACAAUGAUAUUGUGGCAGUGACUUAUGAGAGCACACUUACUUUUUGGGAUUUGGAGCACAAGGCACUGAUACGGCAGAUUGAUCUUGGAAGUGUAAUCGACCAUUUGCAUGCACUUGGCGACCAAUCUGUUCUCUGCCAAUGCUCUAAUACCGUCUACCGCAUUACCACACCCAAAUUUCGAAUUGCUUAGCUUUUGCGAACUACCUGGAUGUAUUUUACUCUGUACCUUUUUGCUGAAACAGUUGAUUGCUCAGUUUCAUCACUGUCGCCCGUUGUCCUCACAUCAAUCCAGAAAGUUUUGCGUUAUGAUUGCCGUUGUCCCAAUAUCUUCUCAGACCUAGCCCUCAUUGCAUGCAAAUAUGGAAAAUCAUCAGUCUUAACUCAAAUCCUAGUCUUAUGGUCCUGUGGGUUGUGUUGAGCAGGAAACGUUUUCUCAUAGACGCAAAUGUUGCUGUAGAUGUUUUGUAGAUUUUGUUUUGUAUAGUUAAUCGAUUUAUUUUCAGUUGAUCGUUGAACUUAGGAAAAUCUUGCUCAAUUACUCUGUGAUAACUCAAACUAAUUCACUUUCCAGCUAACUCAGAAUCUUGCCAUGCAUUUUGUCAUCUACAGUUUAUGAAUUGAUUCUUUGCUUUGUUGAACAGAGAGUAUAAGAAUAAAUAUCUUGUUGAC